AUGGAGGAGGCGAAUAACUCUUCGGCGGUUGCCUGGGGCCAACAACUGGAGGAGCUCCUUGUCCGGGAGGCAGGGCAUCACAAAAUCAGGGGCGGUGUGAGAACCCUGUACGAAGCAGGGGGCAAAGGGCAGCUAUUAGCAAUGACUGAAAAACUGCUUUCUCCUGCAACGAAGACCGUGGCGAUCCUUGUAGGCUCUGCAAACUGUACCAUCAUGUGGCCCCCCACAGACACUGACGGUCCUGGUGGCGCAUUUGCCGUGGCGCGAACACUUCAGCUGCUCAGCAAGAAGAUUAUCAUCGUAACGGACGAACUGAACAACAAGCAGGUGUUUGAGGCCCUCAAGAAGGCGGGGCUUGUGAUGAUGGAGACUGACGUCGUGACCGAAUCCGACAUGCAGGAGGUUCCGACCGAGACUGCCGUGUACAUCAAGUUCCCCUGCCAGCGUAACUGGUCCCAAACAGACGACAUCCGGCUCCAGAAAGUGUACGAUGCAGUGGACUUUAUUCUCAACCUCGGAAGACCAGGACCCGGACAAGAAGGCGAAACCCGGGCGCACGACAGGGCGAAUAUGACAUCGUUUGACUCGCCGUUCAAAUUUUUCUUUACUCGCCCGGAAAGAUUUGCUCUGCGACCUGAUCACCACCCCCCUACUGCAGUCAUCGGCGAGCUGGGAAACGAGCUGGGAAUGGGACCGCUUGUCGCAUGUGUCAAAGAAAACGUUGAGCACGGAGAAGAUAUUGCGUGCGCUGUCUCCGCCGACUGCAUUCUCGUGGCUACCACAGCAAACUGGGGAGCAUGGGGCUUAUCCACCAUGCUGGCUCUCAUGUCGACUGCUUCGGGAGAGAGUUUACUGACUGAAGACUUGCUUCCGGAUGUAAUGUCACAGAGGGUGAUCCUGAAGACGCUGGUCGAAGAAGGCGCCCGCUGCGGCUUAACGUGGACACGGGACGAGAUAGUGGACAAGUUUGAGGCGGAAGAGAACUGGAAGUUCAUUCACGACCUUCGGCAGUUGGCAAUGUCAAUUCGGCGCUCGUUCCAAGGCGCGAUAACACCGCCGUCACACGGCAAAGGCCAGGCAGUGACCUCGCCGAACCUUUUGGAGUCAACAUUGUCUCAAAAUGUUAGAGACCCGCGGGCGGGUGCGUGA